AUGUCUGAAUAUCUAGCUCAGACGCCCUGCAAAUUUACUAUAUGGUCAAGCGAGAUUGAUCUUAUCAGAACAAACCUGUUGGUGAACGCUCACCCUUUAAGCACGGUUGGGCGACUACUUCAAUAUAUCCAUUAUCAAAUAUACAAGCAAUUAAGAGCUAUCUAUCAACCAGAGGAACAGUGCACGAACUCGGAAAUACCUCACACACCCUUAAAUAGUAUCAACACUUACUUCCUAAGUUACGAAGGCAGAGAGUUAUCUGCAACGUGUUUAUUAAAGGACAUCACGUCAUCUAGCCACCCAGAUUCGAACCAUUUCAUAAGACUACAACUGGAAAAGCGUACUUCUCCUUCCGGUUCAGCAUUUGACUUGGAAUAUGAUAUGGAGGGCGAAUUUAACUCGAUGAAUAUUCAAUUUGAGAUAAAUACACUAUCUUCUCAACGUAUAUUCAAUUCCAUGGAACCAAAUUUGCCUAUUGGCACUACAUUGGCUAGAUUAGAGAAACUGGCAUUGGAACGUAUAAAGGAUUUUGAAAAAUCAGCAGGGAAUCUCUGUGGUAUUAAAGAGGACCAUUCAGUGUCUGAUUUGCAGGGAUUUAUAAUAAAGGGGAAACAGACACCCAUGUUUUUAAAUUAUGGAAGUGAUUCUGAUUACUAUAAAGACUUGAACCUGGUAGAUUUGAUAGGCAUUGAUUUUGCCCCGGCACACAAUUCUUUUUUCACAUUUUUGUUCAAGAUGAAUCACGAACAGAAUUCACAUAUCGCCAACGAUGAAGAGAGAUUUGUGUUGGAAUUCAUAUCCGAUGCCACAUUAUCUAUAACUCAAAUGAAUGUUAAGCCCGAUACCACGGUAAAACAAGUGAAAGAUUUCAUAUGUUCUGUUUACACUCACUCAUUAAACUUGAGGAGAAAUGAUAUCAAGUUGAUUUAUAAGGGACAGUUGCUUCAUGAAAAUAAUUUUGCAGGCAACUCUUCAAAGAUCAGCGAGUACAUUAAAGAGCCACAUGAAGUGAAGGUCCAUGUACAAAUCAACCAAGAGUAUACAGAAUCUGGGCCUGGAUUUUGGAAUGAAGUGUUCAACAAUCCGAAUAUUUUCCAAUUCAUGCCUCCAGAUACAAGGUCACAGUCACCUGUUAGUUUCGCUCCGACGCAAGGACGAUCUCCUGCUGCAAUACGUGGCGAAGAACGGGGUAUACCAUACGUAACCGAAUCUGGAAAUGACAUCGUGCCCACAGAUGAGCUUUAUAGGAAAUGCAUUAUCAACGGGGAUGAAGUAGUAUUCAUUCCUGUUAGCGAACUAAAUCCACAAUCGAGCUAUUUGUCCGUGAUCAAAGGCGAUUACGGUGAAAUUAAAAUCCCCAUAUCUAGUAAUGACUACAGAAUUAAUGGCGAUAAUAUUUUGCUAUCACCAUCUGCGAUAGAGCAGUUAGAAUCUGCUUUGAACUUCAAAAUCGAGAGACCACGGGAUUCGACACUCUUGCAUCCGUCUGGUGAGCAUGUUCGAGCUGCAGAUAAUACCUCUUCGGCAAAUGAUAAUAAUACAGUUGAGAAUGACGAGUCAGCGUGGAAUAGAAGGGUAGUGCGUCCCUUGAGAAACAGCUUCCCGCUGCUAUUGGUAUUGAUAAGAACAUUUUACUUAAUUGGCUAUAAUUCAUUGGUUCCCUUUUUUAUUAUUUUGGAGUUUGGAAGCUUCCUUCCCUGGAAAUAUAUCAUUUUACUAAGCUUGCUUUUCAUUUUUAGGACUGUUUGGAAUACCCAAGAGGUGUGGAAUUUAUGGCGAGACUAUCUCCACUUGAAUGAAAUUGACGAAGUCAAGUUUAGCCAGAUCAAGGAGUUCAUCAAUUCCAAUUCAUUGACCUUAAAUUUCUACAAGAAAUGUAAGGACACUCAAUCCGCUAUUGAUUUACUGAUGAUACCUAAUCUACAUGAGCAAAGGCUAUCGGUCUAUUCUAAGUAUGAUAUUGAGUACGACACCAACACCCCUGACGUUGGACAAUUGAAUUUGCUAUUUAUCAAGGUGCUAUCGGGUGAGAUUCCUAAGGACGCGCUAGAUGAGUUGUUCAAAGAGUUUUUCGAAUUGUAUGAAACGACAAGAAACAUGAACACACUAUAUCCUCAAGACUCUUUGAACGAAUUGCUGCUGAUGAUUUGGAAGGAGUCCCAAAAGAAAGACAUCAAUACGCUACCCAAGUACAGAAGAUGGUUCCAAACCUUGUGCUCGCAAAUAGCGGAGCAUAACGUCCUUGAUGUCGUACUCAGAUACAUAAUUCCAGACCCGGUAAACGAUAGGGUGAUAACCGCUGUGAUAAAGAACUUCGUGCUCUUUUGGGUUACACUACUCCCCUAUGUGAAGGAGAAGCUGGAUGAUAUUGUUGCACAGAGAGCAAGGGACCGUGAGCAACCGGCUCCAUCUGCCCAACAGCAGGAAAACGAAGAUGAGGCCCUCAUAAUCCCUGACGAGGAAGAACCCACCGCCACAGGUGCGCAACCUCAUCUCUACAUUCCUGAUGAAGACUAA